UAUUUGUGAUGUUCAAUAUAUUGAUGCUGGAUAGACAGAUAUGAGGAUAGAUAACCAACGAUGUUCUCCGGUUAAACGAGACGUAUGCGACGGAGGAAGGUGGAAAGUAACAGCUGAGACCCAGACUAGGCCUCGGGGGAAGAGGAAGCAGAAUACUGUUGUAAACUCCCAGGUUCAAACCCUCGGUGAAUAUCUUGUCAAACCAAAGAGAUUGAAACAGGAGAAGAUGUCCCAAGGAUCACAGUGCAGAAUAUCCCCCCCAAAAAAGCUCCUAACAAAAAAGGAUAGUCAAGAUAGAUCGGAAAUGACAACUCAGACAAUUGAUAUGACAGCUCUAGAUUUAGAUUUGAAUAAUGAGAUAAACUGGCAGGAUUUCUGGCCAUUAAUGCGGAACACUAAUGGGACACAGACAAGUCCACGAGCUAGAUUUAUGAGAAUUUUAUCUGAAGAUUCUGAACCUGAUUCUCCUCCAACACUCGAACAUUUAGAAACUCUUCCAUCCUUUCAUCCUUCUCCCCCUGUAUCUAUUCAUCAUCCUGCCAUUCAUCACUCUACUCAUUCAUCGUCUCAUCCCCAGGCUAUGUCCCUCCAACCUGUCACAGCUCCCCCUGUAUUAAACACUGAUAUGAGCUUACAAACUGAAGAUCUUCUGCUGGCGGUCAGCUCGUCAGCUGAUCCUACUCUAGGAUCCAACCAGAGAGCAGGGAAACGCCCACCAGUCUGCUCCUCCUCCACCAGUCCUGGCCAGGGAAUAGAUUCUAAGGGUUUAAAGAAUAAGUUUGGAGAAGUUCGGCAGUUUUCUACUGAGACUCAGACAGAUCUAGAGCAGAGCAUAGCAGAGCUAACAUGGAACCAGGAUCAGGAUGGGUUAGAGCUAGAUCUACUAGGAGUAGAAAACCUUCUUUCUCAUAUAGAAACCCAGACUCAUGAGGAUCUUCUACUCUGUACUAACACUUUCACACAGGGGCGUAUUCAAGUUUAA